AUGCAGAAACGGCAACCGCUCAGCCACAGCAAGUACACCGAGGAGGAAACCAUCAACAUCCACGAAAAGAAUAGGGAUGAGUGCAGCUUCAACGUACGCAACUACCUCACUGCCGACGAGUACAGCAAAUUCGGAGAACGCUUCCCCGAGAAUUUCAAGAGGAUUGGACUACUGGGCCGAGGAGGUUUCAGCGUGGAGAUCUGGUUCGGCUCCUACUUCUUCGAGAAGGGCGGCGAGGCCAGAGAGGAAUUCGAAAACCACAUCGGCAUUAACAACAUCUGCAGGCUGUACUCGCACGAGAUCCGGACGGUCGACUCGUGGCUCUACUACGAGAUCGUGUACAAGGAGCUGAUCCACCGGAUGGUGGAGAACCAGAACGAGCUGAAGAUCCUGAUGAUGGAGGUGUGCAAGGCGCUCUUCCUGAUCAACAGCCACAACAUCGUCCACUCCGACCUCAAGACCGAAAACAUCCUCCUCCGCACCAAGCGGGAAGACGAUACGCGCGACGUCAGCUUCAUCAGAGGGGUCAAAUUGAUCGACUUCGGCAGCAGCUUCCUCUUCACCAACUUGAAACAGUUCUCCAUGGCCACUCCAGAGUACAUGCCUCCUGAAAUUUUGAACUACAUCCUCUUCCAGAACAAGCUGGACUACGACGAACAGAUGCUCAAGAAGAUGGAGAAGUACAAGAACCCCUGGAUCAUCGAUAUCUGGAGUCUCGGCUGCAUCAUCCUGGAGAUCGUCACUGGGGUGCCGCUGUGGAUGAGCAUAGAGACCAAGAUCGACGAUAAACAGAUGCCAAGAGUGACAGGACUAUUCGCAGUAAAGAAUAGAGUCUUCUCCAAGAUCAUCCAGAAGCAGAUAGAAGUAGUCAACAACCUCGACUACCACCUCGACCACCAUGUACAGCGCAUGCCAUUUAGAACUACUCGGGAAUCCGCGUCAAGGAGGACAUUCGGAGAGUGCUCAAGAGGAUGCUGGACCUGA